UUGACGGAUAUUGUAUGUGGAUGGCGUCCACUGCAAAACAAAACAAUGCACAAAUAAAGAAUGCUAGCCUGGACCUACGUGCUGUGAAAGCAGGGACAUUAUGACCAACUGCCGACUUAUUUCCACACCGCUAAACAGUCGACAAUCAUUGUUGAGCAUGAUUUCCGUCUCACUUGUGAAAGUGCUAUGUGGAGCAAGGUUGAAAGCAUAAACACGGUCUGGGCUUAGAGCGAACGCGCGUCAAAGUCCAGUAGUGAGAAGUGGGCUAUCGUCCCUGCUGAUCGACUUCCUUACCCGAGGAGUGAGAGGGAGACGCAACAUCAAUGCAGCCCGUCGAAACGUUUAUAAAAGGCCUCAAUGGCCUGAACCCGCAACAACUCCAGCUACUGAUCGUGUCCUCAGUGGGUGUGGGGCUGCUAACAUGCUACAUGCUAUUGAAGAAGAAGGUCCCAAAGACCAUCCCAGUGGGAGAUGGCUGGUGGGGCCGUGGUCAGAAGCAACUGAGUGAAGACAAGAAGAUAUAUCCCUUUACAGUACAGACUUCAGAAGAUGAAAUCCAGGAUCUUAAACGGCGCAUUGAUCAAACAAGACACACUGAGCCCCUGGAGGAUGGUCGCUUCCACUACGGCUUCAAUUCAGUUUAUAUGAAAAAGGUUGUGUCGUAUUGGAAGAACGAGUUUGAUUGGAAUAAGCAGGUGAACGUGCUGAACAAGUAUCCCCAUUUCAAAACCAACAUAGAAGGGCUGGAUGUGCACUUCAUUCGUGUAUCUCCACAACCACGUGAGGGUCAGAAGGUCUUGCCUCUCGUUAUGGUCCACGGGUGGCCGGGGUCCUUCUUCGAGUUCUACAAGAUCCUUCCCAUGCUCACAGAGAGGCAGGACGAGGUGGUGUUUGAUGUCAUCUGUCCGUCCAUCCCAGGAUACGGAUACUCAGAGGCUCCACAUAAAAGGGGCUUUAACACUAUGGAUGCUGCUAGAAUCUUCCACAAGCUGAUGGAGCGUCUGGGCUUCAGUGAGUUCUAUGUGCAGGGUGGAGACUGGGGCUCGCUCAUCGUCACUAACAUGUCCCAGAUGAAGCCAGAAUGCGUCAAAGGUGUACACUUGAACAUGUUGAGUGAGAUAAAGCAGGGUCUUGGCUUGGUGAUCUCUCUCAUGGUUGGACGCUACCUGCCUUUUCUGGUUGGCUUCACGCGCGAAGAUGUCAGACGGCUCUACCCUUAUGUGGAGAAGAACGUGUAUGAGAUUCUGCGGGAGUCUGGAUAUAUGCAUAUUCAAGCCACUAAGCCAGACACAGCAGGCUGUGGAGUGAAUGACUCCCCCGUGGGAUUGGCUUCCUACAUCCUGGAGAAGUUCUCUACAUGGACUCACAAAGACUAUAGAGAUCUCGAAGAUGGAGGCCUGGAGAAGAAGUAUACUCUAGAUGACCUCCUCACCAACGUGAUGAUCUACUGGACCACUGGAUCCAUUGUCUCCUCCAUGCGAUUCUACAAAGAGAACUUCAGCGGCAAUCCAAUGAACAGAAUAGAUUCCAAGACUGGUAUUUACGUGCCAUUGGGAUUUGCGGCGUUUCCUCAGGAGCUGAUGCACUGCCCUAAGCCCUGGGCUCGCUGGCGCUUCAAGGACAUCCGCUCCUACUCUUACAUGCCCAGCGGGGGACACUUUGCUGCCUUCGAGGAGCCCAAGCUGCUGGCCGAUGACUUUGUGCAGUUUGUGAAAAAGGUGGAAAGCAAAAAGAAGUAAAAUUGCAUACAGUACAUAUUGGCAUUUCUUCAAAUGGCAUUAUAUUGGCAUUGUACUUGUAUUCUUUUCUUCCUUUUUUCAGAAAAAGAAACAUUGUUUUGCUAAUAAGUGGCUCUGUUGUUAAUCUGUGUAAAUUAGCUGCUGUCCAACAAUAUGUUGUUUUUUAAUGACCAGAAUGAAGGCGCUUGUAUUGCAUUUAAUCUGAAAGAGGCAUUUGGGUUUAUUAUUCUCAACUGUCUAUGUAUGAUACUUGAGUGGGACUGGUAUAAGGAAGUCGUAAGCAUUAUACUACCCCUUUCUAACAGGCACAUAUAGACAACAUGGAUGUAGUAGGUAAAAAUAAAACUAUGUUUUGAUGAAGGAGCGCAGGCGGCCUAAAUAAUGAACAUGCGUUCAGCUCAACCCUCUCUGGCCUUAACUUGGUGUUAGAUUACACCAGAAACACCACACACCACAUGUGAAACGUUGAUUAUUAAUCUGUCAUGCACUUUGAACAAAGUGAAUACAUUCACGUUUUAGGACCAAAAGUCAUUUAUUUGAGGUGCUCUUUGGAUGGGAAGACUUAUAUAGAAGAAAAAGAAAAAUCCCAAGGCACUCUAAUUUACCAAGAUCUAAAAAGCCGUUAUUGAAUUGGCUUGGUUAUAAUAGCCCCUUUACACGUUUCGGCACUCUACUGUAGUCUUCAUCAGGGAGUCAAAAAAGACUUGGUGGCUACUAGUACCACAGACGAUUUCACAACAUUAGACUCACAGUAUCUUGGACAGGAUAUAAUAUCAUGGCGAGUGCUUGCUUUAUUUACACAAGAGCUAUAAUUCAGUCAAUCAAUACAUUGUGACUAUUGUUUUCUAUUAUGUAAGAAAAAUAAAGCAGUUCUCCUGAUUCUUCUACA